AUGUUAGGUUCUCGUCUUUUGACCAGGAGUCAACCUUUAUUUCAACGAACUUUUGUAACUCAAGCAAAUGUUGCUGUUACAAAUGAAAAUAAAACUGAACAAGGAGAUAAAACAAGUGAAUAUCAAUCAUCGAGUAAUUCAUUUGAUCCUCCACGACGACCAUUAACUCAACAAUUUACUCAUCAAGUAACAAAUCAAGUUCCACCACUUGAAUAUAUUGAUUUAUAUAAAAGUGAUUUAACAUUACGUGAAUUUGUUACAAAGGAAAAUAAAGGACAAAUUAAAGAUAUGGGUGUUGAAUUGGCUACUUUUCAUUGGUUUGAACAAGGUCAAACAGCUAAUCAACAUUUGCCAGCAUUACAUCAAUUUGAUCGUUAUGGACAACGUAUUGAUGAAGUUCAUUUUCAUCCUGCUUAUCAUGAUCUUAUGCAAAUCGGAAUGAGAUAUGGAGUCCAUUCGGUUGCUUGGGAAUCAUUGCCAGGUUCUCAAACAAGUUUUAAUCGACAUGGACAUUUGCAACAUGCUGCAGGAUUGUAUAUUCUAACACAAGUUGAAGCAGGCGUUGGUUGUCCACUAUCAGCGACUUAUUCUGGUUAUCCAGUUCUUCGUCGUUAUUUUCAUUGUACAAAUAAAAAACUCACAGAUAGUUUUCCAUUAGACAGAAUCUUAUCUCGUAAAUAUGAUCAACGAUGUUUACCAGCCAAUCUUAAAUCAGGAUUGACAAUUGGAAUGGCAAUGACAGAAAAACAGGGUGGUAGUGAUGUUCGAGCAAAUACAACAAAAGCUUAUUGUGAUAAUUCACAUGAAAAACGUUAUAUUCUCAUUGGUCAUAAAUGGUUUUGUUCUAUACCAAUGAGUGAUUGUUUUCUUGUACUCGCUCAAAUACACAAUGAUGAUAAUCUUAAUCAAUCAUCAUCUAGUUGUGUACCAUCUUGUUUUUUUGUUCCACGUUGGUUACCAAAUGGUGAACGUAAUCCAUUCUAUAUUCAACGAUUAAAAGAUAAACUUGGUAAUCGUUCAAAUGCAUCAAGUGAAAUCGAAUUUAAUAAUACUCAAGCUUGGUUAUUGGGAAAAGAACAUGAUGGUGUUAAAGUCAUUAUUGAAAUGAUUCAUGGUACGCGUUUGGAUUGUGCAAUUUCAAGUGCUGCAUUAAUGCGACAAGCUUUAGUCCAAGCAACUUGGCAUGCACGUCAUCGUAAAGCUUUUGGACGAUUGUUAAUCGAUCAACCAUUAAUGAAACAAGUUUUAAUUGAUUUAUUACUUGAAUCUGAAGCAGCUACCGCACUUGUUAUGUAUCUUGCAACACUUUUUGAUGCGACAUAUAAUAAUAUUCAUUCAAAUAAUGCCAGUGAGAUAGGAGCAUUAGCUCGUAUAGCUACAGCAAUAGCAAAAUUUUGGAUAUGUAAACGGACACCAGAGACAACCUAUGAAGCAUUAGAAUGUCUUGGUGGAGCUGGAUAUGUUGAAGAAUCUAUGAUGCCACGUAUAUAUCGUGAAGCUCCGCUUAAUAGUAUUUGGGAAGGUUGUGGAAAUGUCAUUUGUUUGGAUAUUUUACGUUCAAUGAGAAAAUCACCUGAAUCUCUUCAAGCUUAUUUAUCAUUUAUGCAUGAAACUAAAGGUUCAAAUAAACAUUUAGAUGCUGCAUUAGAACGUGUUGAAAAAACUUUAUUAACAAAAGAUCUUCCAUCGAAUCUGCUCGAACGUCAUGCACGAACAUUAGCUACACAAUUAGCUUUAUGUCUUCAAGCUGGUUUACUUGUUCGCCGUUUACCACAAACAGUCAGUAAUGCAUUCUGUUCAUCACGUCUUGGACCUAAUCGAGGUUCAAUUUUCGGUGACUUACCUAUGGAUGUUGAUACUGAUGCGCUUUUAACAAGAUUACCUUUCUGA